CAGUAUUUUUCAGCGUUCUCCAAAAGCUGGUAGUGGCCAACCUAAACAGAUCAAACUCCUCUCUUUCCUCUCUCUCUCUCUCUCUCGCUUUCGAUCUCUCUUAAAACUCCGCAAAGAUUCCUUUCUCCUUCCCUCAACUUUCACAUUUUCUCAUCCAGUUUUCGAUCUUCUUUCAACCCUUUUCGUCCUUUUCCUUUCUCUCUUUUUUUUUUUUACCAGAAACAAAAUCCAAAGAGAAAAUCAAAUAUUUGGAGUGGUGGGUGGUUGGAGAAGUUGUUUAACAUAGCAAGUACUAAUUAGUAACUGCUGCAACUUUCAUUGCUGAUAAUCGCCAACUGGAGAAAAGCUGUAAUUUUGAUCUGCACUUAUUUUUAAGGGGCUGGGUGGGGAAGGAACGAGUGGGAAGAAUGUUUGGGAUGGUGAGAACCGAUGUCUUGUUUCAGGACAAGGAGCAAGGACCUUAACCCCUGGGCCAUGAUUUGGAAAGUUGACCAAAUCUUCAUACUGUAGUCUGCUUUUGCUGCUUUGCAUUUCCCUCCUGUGGGCCGAUGGAAAAAAUCUUAGGUAGGAUAUAUUAGAACGAGCAAAGAGAUGAAAGCCGAGUCGUCUGGGUUAAUCAUUGGGAUUUCGAUAGGGGUGGUGAUUGGAGUGCUUUUGGCUAUAGGUGGAUUUUUCUGCUUUUUGUACCACAGGAAACGAUCACAGAUAGGUAAUAGCAGUUCUAGAAGGGCAGCAACGAUCCCAAUUCGUCAAAAUGGUAUUGAUUCUUGCACAGCAUUAUCAGAUUCAUCGGUUGGUACAGAGUCUCCAAAGACUAGUAUAAAUAAUGGCAUUUCCUUCUGGCUUGGAGGACUCAAGAAGGCUAAUAUCAUUUCUGCAUCUGGUAUUCUGGAGUACUCUUACAAGGAUCUCCAGAAAGCAACUGUCAAUUUUACAACGUUAAUUGGACAAGGGGCGUUUGGUCCUGUUUAUAAAGCUCAGAUGUUAACUGGUGAGACUGUUGCUGUUAAGGUACUCGCAACUGAUUCUAAGCAAGGCGAGAAAGAAUUCCAUGCUGAGGUUAUGUUACUUGGAAGGUUACAUCACAGGAAUCUUGUAAAUUUGGUUGGCUAUUGUGCAGAAAAGGGCCAGCGUAUGCUUAUCUAUGUAUACAUGAGUAGAGGCUGUUUGGCCUCUCAUUUGUACAGUGAAGAGCUUGAACCUUUGAGCUGGGAGUUGAGGGUUCAAAUUGCGCUGGAUGUUGCAAGGGGCUUGGAGUAUCUACAUGAUGGGGCAGUUCCUCCUGUGAUACACCGUGACAUUAAAUCUUCCAAUAUUCUGUUGGAUGAGUCCAUGAGGGCAAGGGUGGCUGAUUUUGGGCUUUCAAGGGAAGAAAUGGUCAGCAAGCACGUGUCAAAUAUUCGGGGAACUUUUGGAUAUCUUGACCCUGAAUAUAUAUCAACAAGGGCCUUUACUAAGAAAAGCGAUGUUUAUAGUUAUGGCGUGCUGCUAUUUGAACUUGUUGCAGGAAGAAAUCCGCUUCAAGGACUAAUGGAAUAUGUGGAACUAGCGGCUAUGAAUACUGAAGGAAAUGUUGGUUGGGAAGAAAUUGUUGAUUCUCGUCUUGAUGGGAAAUAUGAUUUGCAAGAGCUGAAUGACGUGGCAACUCUGGGAUUCAAAUGUGUAAAUCGCGCUCCUAAAAAACGGCCCUCCAUGAGGGACAUUGUACAGGUACUGUCACGGGUUAUCAAGUUGAGAAAUCAGAGGAAGCAUCACAAGAAAUCUUUGUCUGCUACAGCAGAUGAGGUUACAAUCAACAUUGAUCAAUCAACCCAUCGAAGUCCUAUGUCUGGACAUCGGCGCAUGGAAUCUGUGGAGAGCACCGCUGACUCCUGUGAAGUGUAGCCGACACCUUUUUAUGGUGGUUUUUUUUUCCCGUUUGUUUUGACCUGUAAAGUAUGUGUUUGAUAGAUAGGAAUGGACGAGUCCUCUCUUGACUUGUGAUUUCACUGUAACAUAACAGCCCCAUCUUUCGCUUCUUCCUUCCCCCAAAUUUUUGUACAUCUGUGUAGAAGAUUGAACAAAAAGAAAAAGAAGGAAAAAGUUAGGCAUGCAUUUAACUUUCUUAGACAGUUGUGAUGGAAAUGGAGAGCACUUGGAGCAAUUUUCCCAUUGGGAGGGAAUUUGGUCUCCUUUCAUGUUUCUUUAA